CCCCGCCCCUCUCGGCGCUGCUGCUGCCGCCGACGCCGACGCGGCUGCUGCACUGACGGCGGGUACCCGCGCCUCAGGUCAGGAGUUUGGGUGGAAGCUUGGUAGGGUGGUUUAGGCUCAGGGUCUCGUGGCUGCAAUCAGAUGUCUCGGGCUGCACUCAUCUGAAGUCUUGACUGGGACUGGAGGAUCCAUUUGCAAGAGGUACUGAUUCAUUCUUGAGAAUCCUCUACUUUCAUCUAUCCCCAUGGAUGAACUUCAGGAUGUUCAACUCACAGAGAUCAAACCACUUCUAAAUGAUAAGGAACAUGAUGUAGAAACAACUCAUGGUAUGGUCCACGUCACUAUAAGAGGCCUUCCGAAGGGAAACAGACCAGUUAUUCUCACAUAUCAUGACAUUGGCCUCAAUCAUAAGUCCUGUUUCAAUGCAUUCUUUAACUUUGAGGACAUGCAAGAGAUCACCCAGCACUUUGCUGUCUGUCAUGUGGAUGCCCCAGGCCAACAGGAAGGUGCACCCUCUUUCCCAACAGGGUACCAGUACCCCACAAUGGAUGAGCUGGCUGAAAUGCUGCCACCUGUUCUUACUCACUUAUGUGUGAAAAGCAUCAUUGGGAUUGGAGUUGGGGCUGGAGCUUACAUCCUCAGCAAAUUUGCACUCAAUCAUCCAGAACUUGUGGAAGGCCUUGUGCUCAUUAAUGUUGAUCCUUGUGCUAAAGGCUGGAUUGACUGGGCAGCUUCCAAAAUCUCAGGUUUGACAACCAAUGUUGUGGACAUUAUUUUGGCUCAUCACUUUGGGCAGGAAGAGUUGCAGGCCAACCUGGACCUGAUUCAAACCUACAGACUGCAUAUUGCCCAAGAUAUCAACCAAGAAAACCUACAGCUCUUCCUGGCUUCUUAUAAUGGACGCAGAGACUUGGAGAUUGAAAGACCCAUGCUGGGCCAAAAUGACAACAAAUCAAAGACAUUAAAGUGUUCUACUUUAUUGGUGGUAGGAGACAAUUCACCUGCAGUUGAGGCUGUGGUUGAAUGCAAUUCUCGCCUGAAUCCUAUAAAUACAACUUUACUAAAGAUGGCAGACUGUGGUGGACUGCCCCAAGUAGUUCAGCCCGGGAAACUCACCGAGGCCUUCAAGUACUUUUUGCAGGGAAUGGGCUACAUACCAUCUGCCAGCAUGACCCGGCUCGCCCGAUCACGAACCCACUCAACCUCAAGUAGUAUCGGCUCUGGAGAAAGUGCCUUCAGCCGAUCUCUCACCAGCAAUCAGUCAGAUGGAACUCAAGAAUCCUCUGAGUCCCCUGAUGUUCUGGACAGACACCACACCAUGGAGGUGUCCUGCUAAGCAGAUGCUCCUCCCCUGGACCAUGCAAGUUCAUCCCCCUUCAAACAGCCACUCCAUAAUAUAACAUUUCAUCCAGCAAACUGGCAUCUGUCUUUAACUCAUGCAUGACCACUGACUCUUACUCUCUAUUAUCUUGGAUUUAUCAUUCACUGCCUGCCUGCCCCCCUUUUUGUAUGUAUGUACAAAGAACCACUUCCAUGACAUUACUGUAACAUUCCAACAUCUUUAGCUGAUCAAAUCUCCUUACCUUGUCAACUUUACCCCGUGCUUUCCCAACUACGUAUCUGAUAUUCUUUGAUCUUGAUGUAUGUGUGUGAGCACACGUGUCUGUGUUUGUGUGUGCAUAGUUCUGUAAUUUUAGACAUGCUUUCUUGUAGAGCUUCUGCAAAACAAAAAAAAGGGACUUUUUUUUUUCCGUUUUCAAUGGUGUUUUUAGGGGAAGUAUUCAGAACAGAUUUCUAGGUUGGGUAGGCCACUGCAUUCUCUUUUGGUUCCAAAUUGGUCAACAAUAUUUUCAAAGUGACUCCUGGAAGGAGCAGUUCUGAGGAAUGUAGAAGAUCAUAAUUACUAUUUGGACUAUUGAUUGAUCGUGACCAGUAAAAGGGAGCCUGUUACAUAGAGAAGCGGGAAGGAUGGCCAGCCACCUCCUUCUGUUCAAAUGAAUUCACAUACACUAUUCUAUAAACAAAAGGGAGGGAUAUGUACUGUUGGAAGCUAAUAGAUGAUGAGGUUCUGAUGCAACAUGAAGCUGUUCCCAAGGGCUGAGUGUGGCUUAAUUACUGGACUCUUGUAGCACAGGAAGGUGGAAAACAAAAUGCCAGGCAUUCGCUCUGCUGGAGCAAAACUGUCGCUGCAGUAUCUGAUACCACUUCCAGACGUCCGCAAGAAGUGCUUCCCAGGUCUGCAAUGGAGAGAGUUUCUCCAUCCCUCCAUCCUCAAAAAAGGGAGAGCUGUGGCCUGAAAGUUAUGUAAGUGGUGAGGAAAUGGCAGGGGAGAGCGGAACAGACAUUAACGGAAUAUCGUAUUUAAUAACUAUAAGCUUGAUUUAAGCAGACUUAAUGGAAACUAAGUGAACCUGUGAUAGAACUCAUUUCUCAGAAAGAUCUUUAAUCCUGUGAACUCUUUUGUAGGUAGGAGGGAAGGGGCCGAUAUGUAAGGGCAGCUUAGCCUGUUCAGGUAAAAUUUUGUUCAGUCUACUGUUGUAUAUCACUGGGCAGAGGGUGAAACCAACUGCCGUAGAGCCAGGUUCCAGCUCUUGAGGGCAUCAAGAUGUAAGUGCAGGGUGACACAAUUCUAAAUCUUAGGCAGGGGCUUUUCACAUGUAGCGUUCGCUUUCUGUCAAGAUAGGGAAUGCGUCACUCUGCCAGAGUACAACUUUUUACAGAUUAUUAAAUAAAGCUGUAUAUGUCUAAUUGUUA